CUUUUUAAAUUUUCUAAUCAUUGAAAAUCAUUGAAAAUCAUUUAAUUCAAUUCUACGUUUAUUACAAAAUGCCAGAUGUUGGAGAAGAUCCUUCUACUAGCAACAAUACUCCCGCUGUAACAAGACAGAAAUUGGAAGAAGUAGAAGCAGAACUUAAAGAUUUGUUAGUUAGAAAAAAACAAGUUGAUAAAAGUCUGAAAACUAUAGAAAAUAAUAUUUGGAACUUUGAAGGUUCUUAUCUAGAAGAGACCCAUUCUGGUGGAAAUCUUAUCCGUGGGUUUGAUUCGUAUUUGAGACCUUCUACUGAGAAAAAGAAACGAACAGAAAUUACUCCUGAAGAACGAUUGUUUUCAAGAUCAAGCGUAACCUCUGAAAAGGCUGUAAGUAUAAAUGAUGAAUCAUCAUCGAGUUCAGAUGAUUACAUAAAGAAUGGUUAUAAACAAAUGAGUAGUAAUAGAAAGAAGAAAAGGCAAAGGCAUAGUUUUACUUUUACUCAAGAGGUUAAACAGGAAGUUAAACGAAUCAAAUUUACUUAUCAUCGUGAAGGUAAAGAUACAGAGGAAGAAUUGGAUAUUUGAUACUUUUAUAAUUUUAAAGUCAACCCUAUCAUUAUGGAGUAUUGCAAAUUAUAUUAAUUAGGUGCAGAAAAUAUCUGAAAAGAAUCACCUCUUUAUCAUCUAAUUUUAGUUCAUAAAAAUAUUGAACGUGAAGGUUUAAAGUACAAGGUUGGUCCAAUGGCUAAUGGAUCUCCAUAUUUCAUUUAAAAUUAAUAUAAUUAGUACAAAUUCUACAUUCAUUUUACUUCAAUAAUAAUAUAUUUAAAAGAUUGACAAUUUAUUCUUUUUUUUUUUGAUUAACUCAUUUUAUGUAAAUUUUAGAUUUAAUAGAUUUUACAACACUUUCACUCCCAUAUGAUUGUGGUUUAAACUUUAAAUCAUUUAAUAUUAAAAAUUUUUAAUUUUUUUUGUACAAUAUUAAAUGCAUUAUAAUAAGUGAGAUCAUCACAGUCUCGUUAUAUCAUCAUCACG